AUGGCGUCUACCGCGACGGGCCGGAAUGUUGCGGAUAAGGAAGAGGUGGAUUCCACGAACACAGCAGGGGAAUCACCACGCGGCGAGCAGGGGCAGUCGAACGAUUACCACCAAGAUGCGACACUCACGGAGGACAGAACAGAUGGAGAGAAAAAAGAGAAGAAGCCGUCAAAACUCAAAGCAGCGUGGACUAAACUCGGUCUGGAUCCGGGUACGCUCAUGAUGAUGGGCAAGGCGGCACUGCCACCGACAAUUUGCCUUGCGAUGUAUCAGGCGACGCCUGUUGCGCAAUACUUCACUACGUUGGGCUACCUCACGGCUAUCAUCAGUAUCCUGGGAUUCUGUAUCAUGCCGCGCGCAAAGUUUAUUCAGACGAUGACGAUGAACAUAUUGGCGACUUGUAUUGGUUCGGCUCUCGCCAUGCUCAUGGUUUGGUCGGGAGUCAAAGCCCGACAACAUACGACUGUACCUGGAGCACCACCACAACGUUACAACUCUUCGCAGUCGGCAGUCCUUGGAGUGUGGCUUUUCUUCCAAAUUUAUGUCAUCAAUGCUAUGAAAGCGAAGUUUCCGCAACUGGCAUUUCCAGCGAUAAUUUACGCAAUUCAGGUUAAUGUUGCAGCGACUAAUGGCUUCUUGUUUCAAACAGUACCACAAUGCGAGUCCUUCAUCAAAAGACUUCUAGUGGCAUUCUUGACUGGUUUCGCGAUCGCAACCGGAGUGGCCCUAUUCAUCGUUCCUGUCACAUCGCGUAAGGUGGUGAUGAAGGAAGCAGCGGGAUACAUUGGCUUAUUGCGAGGGACUCUGGGCGCACACAAGAACUACAUCCACAGCCUGGAAACAAGCGACAUGUUCGGCGAAAAGUACGUGCCUGAGGACGGAGAUGGGAAGAAGAAGGCGAAACCCAGGCCGGAAGUAGCGGCCAUCAAGAAGAUGACUGGUUCACUGCAGGCGUUGCACGGCAAGCUUACCGCGGACCUACCGUUUGCAAAAAGAGAGAUCGCUUAUGGAAAACUGACGCCAGACGACCUCGAGGGCAUGUUCAAGAAUCUGCGGGCAAUCAUGCUUCCAAUUUUGGGUCUCGGCUCCGUGAUGGAUCUUUUCGAGCGGGCGGCUGAAAUCAACCACUGGGAUGGACAAGAAGACGAACAUGACGAGGAGAUCAGAAGGCAAACCGUUCAGGAAUGGAACAACAUGUUUCAAUUUGUUCAUGAGCCGUUCAACAACAUCUUCCAGGCUCUCGAUGAUGGACUUGCACACGUUAUGUUCAAGUUGCAGCUGGCCAAGCCGCCGAAAAAGAAGAAGGGCCAGAACCAGGACGACGCUGAGGCGAAGGGUGACGCUAUCAAACCAGGAGAACCGGGCUUCGCAGAAUACAUGCAGAAGCAAGCCGACGCCUUCUUCAGCAGGAAGGAACCUACUUUGCGCCAUUGGGUCGAAACCAAGGGUAUCAAGCUUCGCGAUGAUUACUUCUCGUCUCCAUCAGCACUUGACGAGGAAACCCUGAAGCUCAUGCCGAGCAUCACCACACGAAAUCGGGACCAACGACAGCUCUUCAUGGUGCUCUACGUCAUGUUCCUGCUCAACUCCAUAAGCCGGUCCGUGAUCGAAUUCGUCAAAUUCGCAGACGAGCGCGAUCAAGCGACUUUGAAAAGCAAGUUCAUCUGGCCUGGUGGACGGCGUUUCAAGAAAUGGGCGAAGAGUAUCUUCGCGAGCCAGGACUCCACCUCCGACGACGAGACAACAGUUGCAGGUUUCGACAGGAGCAACACGACAGUUUAUAUGGGUGAAGCGUACCAGGAGAAGAAAGACCCCGAGCAUCUACCGCCUACAAACGCGUGGCAGAAGUUUGGCAAUGGUGUACGUGGCAUCUCACGUUUCCUGCGGAGUGACGAGUCGGCUUUUGGUUUCCGUGCUGCGUGUGCGACGAUGAGUAUAGCCGUUGUCGCUUUCCUUCGUCCAACGCAACAAUUUUUCGUCGAGCAGCGCUUGGUCUGGGCGUUGAUCAUGGUGGCCAUCUCUAUGACUCCGACAGCUGGUCAAUCAAUUUUCCAGUUCAUACUCAGGAUCGCAGGUACCGCCGUCGCAAUGAUAGUAGCCUGGCUCAUUUGGUACAUUCCUGGGCAACAAACUGCGGGCAUCCUGGUUUUCCUUUGGUUCUUCGUCGCAAUCGGCUUCUACAUCCCAUUAAAACGCAUGGAUCUCGUCAUCGUUGGAAUGAUCAGUGUGGUCACUGCUACUAUGAUCGUCGGUUAUGAACUACAAGUUCGCAAGAUCGGAGAACAAGCCGCGACAGCGACAACAGGUCAGCCUGCAUACCCGAUCUACACACUUGGCCCCUACCGUCUUGCCACCGUAGUGGGUGGUCUAGCUGUCGCCUUCUUCUGGACUAUCUUUCCUUACCCCAUCACCGAGCACUCUGCGCUCCGACAAAAACUUGGUGGCGCGCUAUACCUUUCCGCAAAUAUGUAUAGCAUCAUGCACGAACAGGUCAUGGGCCGCAUCCGCGGUGAGCUAGGCGGCGACGAAGAGACUGACAAAGAGAGUCCAGGCUAUCAGCUCGUCAAGGCUCGGAAUAAGGUCUUCGCCAAACAGAUGCUCACCCUGCAAGGACUGAAGAUGCAUGCCGGAUUCGUCAAGUGGGAGUUCCCACUUGGAGGCAAGUUUCCCAAAGAAGAGUAUGAGAAAAUCAUUGGUUACGUCGAGAACAUCGUGAACUACACGGCCCUCCUAGGCUACGCCUCCCAAGCCUUCACCCACCCCUCCCUUAACCACCAAUCCGCCGACCCCACAUCCCCCGAAACAGAAGAAGCCGCCUUCCCCGACCACCACUCCGCGCAAUGGUUCAACGACUUCCGCCGCGUCAUCCUCUCCGCAAAAGUAACUUCACAUGAGAUUACCUCAUUACUCGCAAUGCUCUCUUCCAGCGUCACAAAUGCACAGCCCUUGCCUCCUUAUCUACACGCCCCACCAGGUGGGCAGCUCAGCCGGAAACUAGAAAUGGUAGACCCUGAGAUCUUGAGCUUGAGACACAUCGCCGAGCCAGGAUACGCCGCGUUCGCAGUCAUGAGCAUAAGUACGAGGUGCAUACAUAUGGAUAUUGAACGGUUGUUGAAGGCUGUUAAGGGACUGGUGGGCGAGUUGGACUUCUCAUUCCAUGUCGUUAGUACGAAAGAUGCUGCGAGUUCGGAUGAGACGCUUGUUAAGAGGAGUUCCAGGAAGCAGGAUUAG